UCAGUUCCUGUUCUGACCUUCAGUGCAUCUCUCUCAGUGGCUGUGACUGCCAAAGAGGACAUCAGUAAAGAAACCUCAUGGCUUACUGUUAGUAAAAAUCAACAGAAAAAUACCCACCUAUGUUCCUUGCCUUCCCAGGACAACUAUUCCCUGUCAGCCCCUUGAAACUACUCCUAAUUCACAUUUUAUCAGUGAUGGUUUUCAAUAUAAAAACGAGAAAGUGUCAAGUUCCUCAUGAGCAUGUGCCACUUUUUAAAGCCUGAGAAUCACUGGCACAUUCCUCUGCUAAAAGCAACUAAAAAAUUCUGCAGUGGGUGAGCCAUCCAGGUUAAUCCUUCCUGAUAAAUCUGGUAUUUAUCUAAUAAAUCUGACAGACACCAAUGUCUUGUUAAGCUCAUCACAGCCCAGUGAACACCUGGCCACGGCAUUUGCACGGCCAAGGCUUUUAAAGUUUCCCUGCAUGGUGUGCAGUCACCAAUUUUACAGCUGUGAUGGCAACCUACAAAAGGGAAGAUGGGAAGAGAAUAUUUGGCAUUUAUUGAUAAAUAAGAGAUCUGAGGUGACUGAUUUCCCCAGACUCACAGAGAGAUGUUUUCCCUUUAAGAAAACAGCCACAGCUAUUGUACAAGCGAACAACCCAAAACUUGGCAGACAGCGGUACUGUCGUAGUAGGACAUACGACAGAUACAAGAGAGCUGAGAAGAGAGAAUCAAUUUUUAAAGUCGUGUAUUCACAUGCAUUUUGGAUAAAAGCGAUUUCUCUGCUGAAAUGCACUGCUGGCCCCCAAGGAUACCCUAUCUCACUGCCUCGCUGUGGGUGUUCGUGCAUCUCCGAGCCCCGCGCUGCUCCCGGGCUUGCGUAUGUGGAGGCUGGCUCUGAGUGCAGAGGGCUGUGGGAAUUGCCGGUGAAAGAUCUUUUUUACUAUUGACCAAGGUGGCUGUGGUUCCCAGGGGAAAGACCCUUCAGCUUGCACGGAUAUGAAGCCAAUUGGAAAAGUGCUUUGUGCUACAGGGGUUGUAGCUGGGCUCAUAGCUUUCUUCUGGAAAGAUGACUUUAACCCAGAGAGCCUGUCUGGUGCCCGUGUUCUCGUGACUGGAGCCAGUGCUGGGAUUGGAGAGCAGCUAGCAUAUCACUAUGCCAGAUUUGGUGCUGAAAUUGUGUUGACUGCCAGAAGGGAAGCUGUGCUGCAGAAGGUGAUGGAGAAAUGCCUGACACUCGGAGCAAAGAAAGCAUUUUACAUCCCUGCAGAUAUGUCUUCCCCUUCAGAGCCUGAAAGGGUGGUUCAGUUUGCUGUCCAAAAGCUGGGGGGCCUGGAUUACCUCGUGUUGAACCACAUUGGCACCAACCGCUUCCAGGAGUGGGCUGGGGAUGUGCAAUACACGCGCUGGCUCCUGCAGGUGAAUUUUUUGAGUUAUGUGGCCCUUGCAACAGCGGCUCUUCCCACCCUGGAGAAGAACAGAGGUGCUCUGGUGGUUGUUUCUUCCCUCACAGGGAAAAUGCCCACUCCCUUCACCACUUCUUACUCUGCCACCAAGUUUGCACUGGAUGGAUUCUUCAGCUCCCUGCGCCACGAGCUCAUCAUGCAGAACAGAGAUGUGUCAGUGACACUGUGCAUCCUGGGCCUGAUUGAUACUGAGUCAGCACUGGAGUACACCAGGGGCAAAGUGUUCCUCAGCGCUUCCCCCGCUCCCGAGGCCGCGCUCGCCAUCGUCCGGGGCGGAGCCGCUCGGGCGCACGAGAUUUUCUACCCGCGGUGGCUGCGGCAGCUCUGCUGCCUCUGGGCUCUGUUCCCCCACAGCGGGAACCGGGUGCUGCGGAACUUUCUAUAACUACAGCAGCCCCUGAGGGAUGCCCAGUCUCACUCUACAGCCCUUCUAAUCCCAUUCCUGCCAUCCCACUAAGCAUCCCACACCACCACUGCUGUCAAGCAGGAGCAGGGCAGCAGGGCUGGCAAAGUCCCCUUUUCCUAACGUGACUCAUGCUCUGUCAUCAUGCUUCAGCCACAGUUCUGCUGCUGCUACCCAUCAGUCAGAGAUCUUUCCCUCUGUUCACUCUCAGCCCUCCUCCCAUCUCCCCUCCUCCUUCAGCCUCACCUGUGUGCUUUGACUGCAUCCAGCCUCUGCUCAGCCCAGCUUUAACCCGGUCUGUCUGCACAGGAUGUCCUGGAAUGGCUGUACAUUCCUGGGACAUCCUCCUCCACUACUUCAUUUUGGAUUCCCUGAACCCUCUUGCUUCCUCUAAGUAGAAUUCUUAUCUCUAUUUUAAUUAAACAAGUCUUUAAUGUG